CCCAAGGGACUGGGGCCUCAGGCUCUCAGGCCAAGGAGAGUGGCCCCGAGGACUGUCCGGAGGAGGGUGGCCAGCCCUGCAGCCCAGGGGGGCUGAGCCAGUGGCAGGGAAGGAGGCGGUGUCCACGUUGGCCUGACUUUCCUCCGAAGGACGUCCCCCUGAGGCUUAGGGGCUCGGGGGAGCUGAGCCAUGCCCUUGCUCUCCCUGGAGGACGCUGCCGGAGCCCCCACACCAUGAACAGCACCCCGAGGGAUGCCCAGGCCCCGCGCCACCGUGAGUGCCUCCUGCCCUCUGUGGCUCGCACGCCCUCAGUCACCAAGGUCACACCAGCCAAGAAGAUCACCUUCCUCAAGCGAGGGGAUCCGCAGUUUGCUGGGGUCCGCCUGGCCGUUCACCAGCGCGCCUUUAAGACCUUCAGCGCCCUCAUGGACGAGCUCUCCCAGCGCGUGCCUCUCUCCUUUGGGGUGCGCUCCGUCACCACACCCCGGGGCCUGCACAGCCUCAGCGCCCUGGAGCAGCUGGAAGAUGGUGGCUGCUACUUCUGCUCUGAUAAGAAACCCCCCAAGACCCCCAGUGGGCCAGGCCGGCCACAGGGGAGAAGUCCCACUGCUCAGCAGCUGCGGGAUAUCCAAGGCCGGCGUGAAGCCCCAGGAACCUCCUCCUCCCGGAAGAGUCUUAAAACCCCCCGGAGGAUACUGCUGGUUAAGAACAUGGACCCACACCUCCAGCAGACAGUGGUUCUCAGUCACAGGAAUACUAGGAACCUGGCGGCCUUUCUCAGCAAAGCCUCAGAUCUCCUGCGCUUUCCUGUGAAGCAGCUGUACACGACCAGCGGGAAAAAGGUGGACUCGCUGCAGGCUCUGCUGCACAGCCCUUCUGUGCUGGUGUGUGCCGGGCAUGAGGCCUUCAGACCCCCAGCCAUGGAAAAUGCCAGGAGAAGUGAAGCUGAAACUUUAUCUGGGCUGACUUCAAGAAACAAAAACAGGAGCUGGGGGCCAAAGACUAAGCCGAGUGUGAUCCAUUCGCGGUCCCGGCCAGGCAGCAGGCCGCAGCUGCCAGAGAGGCCUGUUCCUAGCAACCCCCCGGUGGGCCCUGCUCCUGACAGGCACCCUCAGGACACGCCAGCGCAGCCGGGCCCGCUGGUGGCCGGCGAUGACAUGAAGAAGAAGGUCCGCAUGAAUGAGGACGGCAGCCUGUCCGUGGAGAUGAAAGUCCGCUUCCAUCUGGUCGGCGAGGACACACUCCUGUGGUCCCGGAGGAUGGGCAGGGCCAGCGCCCUCACGGCAGCCAGCGGGGAAGACCCCAUUCUGGGGGAGGUGGAUCCCCUCUGCUGUGUGUGGGAGGGCUACCCUUGGGGCUUCUCGGACCCUGGGGUGUGGGGACCCCGGCCCUGUAGGGUGGGAUGUGGGGAAGCCUUUGGCCGAGGCGGGCAGCCAGGGCCCAAGUAUGAAAUCUGGACGAAUCCCCUGCAUGCCUCCCAGGGAGAGAGAGUGGCGACUCGGAAGAGGUGGGGGCUGGCCCAGCACGUCCGCUGCAGUGGCCUGUGGGGCCACGGGGCUGCCGGGAGGCAGAGAUGCAGCCUGGACAGUGCCAGCCCAGCCUCCAGCACCGGCCACCCCGAGGGCUCAGAGCCAGACUCCUCCUGCUGCCCCAGGACCCCGGAAGACAGGGUGGACAGCGGCAGCCCCUCUGCCCAGAGAGGGGCUGAGCAGGAAGCUGGAGGGAGCCUGGGUGAGGACCCCAGCCUAUGCACAGAUGGAGCCGGGCUGGGCAGCCCAGAGCAAGGCGGCCACCUGACACCCAGGGCCCAGAGUGAGGAGGGGGCUUCUUCCGACUCGUUGGCCAGCACCGGGUCUCACGAGGGAUCCAGCGAAUGGGGCGGGCAGCCCCGGGGCUGCCCAGGCAAGGCAAGGGCUGAGACCUCUCAGCAGGAGGCCACCAAGGGAGGCAACCCUGGUUCUCCAGCUCCAAGUCUUUCAUCUUUAAGGAGUGAGGACCUGCAGGCAGAGAUGCAAGGACGGGGCACCAAGCAGGCCAGGGGGGCGUCUGUGAAGAGGGAGCCUCUGGUUCCUGGCCUUUCUGGCUCCUGGGACUCGGAAGGAGCCUCUUCUACCCCUUCCACCUCCGCUUCAUCCCAGGAGGAGCGGAGAAGGCACAGAAGCCGGGCCAGUGCAACGUCCUCACCCAGCAGCCCUGGCCUUGGCCGAGUGGCCCCGAGAGGCCAUCCCAGGCAGUGUCACUACUGCAAGGACACCCACAGCCCGCUGGACUCCUCUGUAACCAAGCAAGUGCCGAGGCCUCCUGAGCGGCGAAGGGCCUGCCGGGAUGGCUCAGUGCCACGAUCUUCUGGAAGCUCAUUGAGCACCAGGACACAGGACUCCGGGAACCUGAGACCUCCCUCCUUGGGAUCUCUUCCUUCCCAGGACCUUCUGGGAAUCAGCAGUGCCACUGUCACUCCUGCAGGACGCUCAGAUUGUGCUUCUGGGGUCUCCCCCUGCAAUGCUCCCUCUGUCGGGUGGGCAGGGGACACGGGGUCCAGGACAUGCUCGCCGGACCCCACACCACCCCACACAUCUGACUCCUGCUCAAAAUCUGGGGCUGCCAGCCUGGAGGAACAGGCCAGGGACACCCCCCAACCCUCCUCGCCCUUGAUUCUGCAGGUUGGACGGCCUGAGCAAGGGGCGGCGGGCCCCCACCAAAGCUGCUGCCACUCACAGGCUGGGACGCAGCCGGCCGAAGAGGCCCAGCGGGGACCCUCCCCUGAGGCCCACUGGCUGUGUGGCAGGUACUGUCCCACCCCGCCCAGGGGGCGGCCCUGCCCCCAGAGGCGCUCUUCCAGCUGUGGGAGCACCGGUAGCAGCCACCGAAGUGCUGCCCGGAGGCCAGGUGGGAGCCAGCAGAAGGAGGGGACACACCAGGCAGGCCCCACACCAUCCCUGGGGCCCGGUUCAGGGGCAUCGAGGAGAAGCAGUGCCAGCCAGGAUGUGGGAUCUGGGGGGCUGUCCCAGGAGGAGACCUCGAGGAGUUGGGGAGGCCCGCAGGGGCAGGAGGAGGCCAGCGGUGUGUCACCCAGCUCUCUGCCCCGCUCGUCUCCAGAGGCUGUGGUCCGCGAAUGGCUGGACCACAUUCCAGAAGAGCCCGUACUCAUGACAUAUGAGAUGGCGGACGACACCACAGGUGCAGCAGGGGGUGGCCUGAGAGGCCCCGAGGUGGACCCUGGGGAUGACCAUUCUCUGGAAGGCCUGGGGGAGCCAGCUCUGGCCAGACAACAGCCCCUGGAAGGGGACCCCGGCCAGGACCUGGAGCCAGAGGGAGCCCUCCCGGGGAGUAGUGAUGCUGGUCCCCAAUCAGGAGAGGGUGUUCCCCAAGGGGCAGCUCCAGAGGGAGUUUCCGAGGCCCCCGCAGAGGCCGGAGCGGACAGAGAGGACCCAGCCAGCUGCGGGGUGAGCCUGCGGGCACUUCCUGGUCGGGUGUCUGCCUCCACGCAGAUCAUGAGGGCGCUGAUGGGCUCCAAGCAGGGCCGGCCCAGCAGCAUGCCCGAAGUGUCUAGGCCCAUGGCCAGGAGACUCAGCCGCUCAGCCGGGGCCCUCAUUACUUGUCUGGCCAGUCUUCAGUUCUUUGAUGAAGACCUUGGGUCUCCUGCCAGCAAAGUGAGGUUCAAAGACUCCCCUCGGUACCAGGAGCUGCUCAACAUCUCAAAGGACCUGUGGCCAGGAUGCGACCUUGGGGAAGACCAGUUAGACUCAGGCCUUUGGGAGCUCACAUGGAGCCAGGCUCUGCCGGACCUUGGGUCCCAAGCCGUGACAGAGAACUUCACACCCACGUCCUCCUCUGGUGUGGAUAUCAGCAGUGGCUCCGGAGGCUCAGGGGAGAGCAGCGUACCCUGUGCCAUGGACAGCACCCUGGUCCCUGGGGGGACAGAGCUGUCCCUGAAAACCUCCAACCAGAGGCCUGAUUCCAGAACUUCUGAGAACCCAGGGGAUCUGGAAAACCAACAGCAGUGUUGUUCCCCAGCCUUCUUGAACUCCCGAGCCUGUGCUUGUGCCACCAAUGAGGAUGAAGCAGAAAGAGACGGUGAAGAGCAGAGGGCGAGCUUGAACCUGGAGCAGUUAGCUCAAAACACAAUGCAAGAAGAGGUGCAAUUAGAGGAAAGUAAAGAAGAAACAGAGGGAGGAGGGCUGCAAGAAGAGGGGCUGCAGUUAGAGGGAACUAAAGAAACAGAAGGGCUGCAAGAAGAGGGGGUGCAGUUAGAGGAAACUGAAACAGAAGAAGGGCUGCAAGAAGAAGGGGUGCAGCUAGAGGAAACUAAAACAGAAGGAAGGCUGCAAGAAGAGGGGGUGCAGCUAGAGGAAACUAACGGAACAGAAGGAGAAGGACAGCAAGAAGAGGCUCAGUUAGAGGAAAUUAAAGAAGAAACAGGAGGAGAAGGACCACAAGAAGAGGGGUUGCAGUUAGAGGGGACUAAAGGAACAGAAGGAGAAGGGCAGCAAGAAGAAGAGGCGCAGUUAGAGGAAAUUAAAGAAGAAACAGGAGGAGAAGGGCUGCAAGAAGAGGGGGUGCAGCUAGAGGAAGUUAAAGAAGGACCAGAAGGAGGACUGCAAGAAGAGGCUCUUGAAGAGGGUCUCAAAGAGGAAGGGCUUCCAGAAGAAGGAAGCGUCGGCCGGCAGGAAUUGUCAGACGCCGGCUCUCCGGAUGGAGAAGGCUCCUGGGAAGAUGACCCAAUCCAGGAGGAGGAAGCGGGAAGAGCCUCUGCAGAGCCGUGCCCCCCAGAGGGCACAGAGGAACCCACAGAACCCGCUAGUCAUCUCAGCGAGACGGACCCAAGUGCCAGCGACAGUCAAAGUGGCUCCCAGCUUGAGCCUGGCUUGGAAAAGCCGCCCGGAGCCGCCAUGAUGGGCCAGGAGCACACGCAGGCCCAACCCCCGCUGGGGGCUGCAGAGAGGAGCUCUUCGGUGGCCUGCAGAGCGGCUCUGGACUGCGACCCCAUCUGGGUGUCCGUGUUGCUGAAGAAGAUGGAGAAGGCCUUCCUGGCCCACCUUUCCGGCGCAGUGGCUGAGCUCCGAGCGCGCUGGGGCCUCCAGGACAGUGACCUGCUGGACCAGAUGGCGGCCGAGCUGCAGCAGGAUGUGGCCCGGCGCCUCCAGGACAGCACCGAGAGAGAGCUCCAGAAGCUCCAGGGCCGGGCGGGGCGGAUGGUGCUGGGGCCUCCCAGGGAGGCCCUCACUGGGGAGCUGCUCCUGCAGACCCAGCAGCGCAGACACCGUCUCCGGGGCCUGCGCAACCUCUCGGCCUUCUCUGAGCGGACCCUGGGCCUGGGGCCCUUCUCCUUCACCCUGGAGGACGAGCCAGCCCUCAGCACAGCCCUGGGGAGCCAGCUGGGCGAGGAGGGGGAGGGCGAGGAGUUCUGUCCCUGCGAGGCCUGCGUGAGGAAGAAAGUGAGCCCUGCGUCCCCCAAGGCCACAAUGGGGGCAACCAGAGGUCCCAUCAAAGAGGCCUUUGACCUGCAGCAGAUUCUGCAGAGGAAGAGGGAAGAACACACCGGUGGGGAGGCAGCAGAGGUGGCCCCUGGCGAGACCUGCACAGACCCCACGAGCACCAGGACUGUCCAGGGAGCGGAGGGAGGGCCAGGGCUGGGGCUGGGCCACGGGCCUGGAGUGGACCAGGGUGAGGAUGGUGAGGGAAGCCAGAGACUCGACAGAGACAAAGAUCCCAAACUCGGGGAGGCAGAGGGAGAUACAAUGGCUCAGGAGAGAGAAGGGAAAAUCCACAACAGCGAAACCAGUGUAGGCAGCGAGCUGGGGGAAGCUGAGCAGGAGGGAGAGGGCAUAAAUGAAAGGGGAGAAACUGGGGGCCAGGGCUCUGGGCAUGAGGACAACUUGCAGGGUGAAGCUGUGGCAGGAGGUGACCAAGAUCCAGGACAGAGUGAUGGGGCGGAAGGCAUAGAGGCCCUGGAGGCUGAAGGGGAGGCCCAGCCAGAGUCCAGAGGUAUAGAGGCCCAGGAGGCAGAAGAGGAGGCCCCGGAGGCUGAAGGGGAGGCCCAGCCAGAGUCAGAAGGUGUAGAGGCCCCGGAGGUUGAAGGGGAGAUGCAGGAAGCAGAAGGGGAGGCCCAGCCAGAGUCAGAAGGUAUAGAGGCCCCAGAGGCAGAAGGGGAGGCCCAGGAGGCAGAAGGGGAGGCCCAGCCAGAGUCAGAAGGUGCCCAGCCAGAGUCAGAAGGUGUAGAGGCCCUGGAGGCUGAAGGGGAGGCCCAGCCAGAGUCGGAAGGAGAAACUCAAGGUGAGACAAAGGGGAGCCCUCAGGUCAGUCUAGGAGAUGGCCAGUCUGUGGGGGCUUCUGAAAGCAACAGCCCAGUCCCCGAGGACGGGCCCACUCCACCCCCUUCCCCAGGUGGAGACACUCCUCACCAAAAGCCAGCCUCCCAGACAGGCCCUGCCUCCUCCAGAGCAUCCUCUCAGGGCCACAGCUGGCAGAAAGACUCAGAAGACGGCCAUGUAUGUGGAGACACAAGGAGCCCUGACGCCAAGUCCGUGGGGGCCCCUCAUGCAGAGAGGAAGGCCACCAGGAUGUAUCCAGAAAGUUCCACUUCUGAGCAAGAAGAGGCCCCUUCAGACACAAGGUCUCCAGAGCAGGGGGCCAGUGAAGGCUGUGACCCUCAAGAGGACCAGACACUCGGAAAUCCUGCCCCCACCAAGGCAGUGGGCAGGGCAGACGGCUUUGGCCAAGAUGACUUAGAUUUCUAGACAAGAUCAAGCUGCAAAAUGUUCAUGAGCUUGGGAGCUCUGUUUUUAUUCAUAUUUUUCCUACAAAACUGAGCAACGCUCAGUCCACUGGAGAUGUCCACAGCGCAUGGACGAAGACCAAGGACGUGCCAAGGACACAGCCUAUGCCAUGCUCUCCCGGGAUUCUAAGUCCAGAAGCUUCAGAGAACUCUGUGGCCCGUCCCACAUGCAGUGUGAAGAAACGGGGUCUGCGGAUCUGCCUGGUUAUCGGAGGCCAGCCCUGUUCCCAUUCAAUUGUCUUCAGAGCCCGAAAGAUGGAACUGAUUGGAAAGGCUCCAGUUUUGCUUUUGUUUGUGGGUUUGUUUUCUGCUAGCAAGUGUUUCUCUCCGUCUUUUCCCUAUUGAUCUCCUGUUACUUUUCUCCUUGGCCUCUGUUGGCACUCACCUCAUUUGACUUUGAGGUACUGUUUUUCUAGUCUUGAAUGUAUUUGGUGACUCUGCAGAAAUACUUGGGCAAAGCAGAUAACUUCAGAGUCAUUGGAUAAAGUUUGUUCUCAGCCCCAAA